CAACAACCAACAACAAUAAACUCACACCAUUACCGCAUUCUCUCUUUCAUUUCAAAAAAGAAAAAAAAGAAAGAAAGAAAAAAAGAGGAACAGAGAGCGAUAACCAAAGGAAGGGUAAUAACCCACCCCAUAUCUCUUUUCUCUUCUUCUUCGGAACCCUAAAUUUCUCUCUUUCCGAUGACGACCAUGAUGCUUUCGCCUUAGUUUCGUUUCUUUGCUCUCUCUCUCUCCCUCUCUCUCUCUCUCUCUCACUGUUUCCAACGUCUUUUUCCUCUUUCCACCACUACGCAUUCUCCGCGCUUUCCACUCACGAUCUUCACUUCGAUCGCGAUUCACCUCCCUGAUCCCUUUCUAUUUUCCGCAGCUUGCCGGAUCGAUCUGUGAGAGGAAUUUUGCCAUUAUUUGGGGGUGACUGAAGUGGGCUAUGAUUUGAAUGGAGAGAGGAUGCCAGAGUUGAGAAGUGGAGCUAGAAGGUCGAAACGGCUUGGAGAUCUUCAGCCUGGUCCACUGCCUGUUGAUCAAGGAGAGAAUUGGCAACAACCUGCUGCUCCGAAUCGAACUAGGAGGAGAGUUGGAGGUGGUAGAGGAAGAGGUGGUAAUGCCACAGCUGUAGGCAAAGGGCCAUCACCAGCUGUACCCACAAGGCGAACUGCAGCUGGUAGAGGCCGCGGAGCAAGAUUGAUUGAUCUGGACCCUGAACCUUGCGAAGUCUUGCCAGAACCUGUUGCUUUAGGGGCUCCGGAACCAGUUUACAAUAACGUAGAGGUAGUGGCCAAUAAUAAUAUUGUGAUGGAGGGUGGAAGUGGAGAUAAGGUGGCGGGAGCUGAAGAAGAACCAAGCACAACUCCUGUCCCUGAGAGGGUACAAGUAGGUAACUCUCCUAUAUAUAAGAUAGAGAGGAAAUUGGGUAAGGGUGGUUUUGGUCAAGUUUAUGUUGGCCGGAGGUUAAGUGGUGGCUCUGAUCGAACAGGUCCUGAUGCGGUUGAGGUUGCACUUAAGUUUGAGCACAGAAACAGCAAAGGUUGCAACUAUGGGCCUCCUUAUGAGUGGCAAGUAUACAGCACUCUGAAUGGCUGUUAUGGCAUUCCCUGGGUUCAUUACAAGGGUCGGCAAGGAGAUUUCUACAUUUUGGUCAUGGACAUGCUUGGGCCCAGUCUUUGGGAUGUAUGGAAUUCUGUUGGUCAACAAAUGUCACCAAAUAUGGUUGCGUGCAUUGCAGUAGAGGCAAUAUCAAUUCUUGAGAAGCUCCACUUGAAAGGGUUUGUGCAUGGAGAUGUGAAACCUGAAAACUUUUUGCUUGGUCAACCUGGAUCAGCUGAAGAUAAGAAGUUAUAUCUUAUUGAUCUUGGUCUGGCUUCUAGAUGGAAGGAUGCAUCAUCUGGUCUACAUGUUGAUUAUGAUCAGAGACCUGAUAUAUUCAGGGGAACAAUAAGGUAUGCUAGUGUACAUGCACAUUUAGGUAGGACUGGAAGUCGAAGGGAUGACCUUGAGUCACUGGCAUACACACUAGUAUUUCUCAUAAAAGGGAGAUUACCUUGGCAGGGUUAUCAGGGUGACAAUAAAAGUUUUCUUGUUUGUAAGAAGAAAAUGGCCACUUCCCCGGAGUUGAUGUGCUGCUUUGUUCCUGCUCCAUUUAAGCAGUUUCUUGAAGCUGUUACUAAUAUGAGAUUUGAUGAGGAGCCCAAUUAUGCCAAGCUUAUAUCACUUUUUGAAAGCUUGAUUGAACCAUGCACUCCGUUGAGACCUAUUAGAAUAGAUGGAGCUUUAAAGGUUGGCCAAAAGCGAGGAAGGAUGCUUAUAAAUCUGGAAGAAGAUGAGCAACCUAAGAAGAAAGUGCGAUUGGGGAGUCCUGCUACUCAGUGGAUAUCAGUGUAUAAUGCUCGCCGUCCCAUGAAGCAGAGAUAUCACUAUAAUGUUGCAGACACUAGGCUACGGCAGCAUGUAGACAAGGGUAUUGAGGAUGGGUUGUAUAUAAGCUGUGUGGCCUCUGCAGCAAAUCUGUGGGCUCUAAUCAUGGAUGCAGGAACAGGUUUUUCUUCACAAGUUUAUGAGUUAUCCCCGGCCUUCCUGCACAAGGACUGGAUUAUGGAGCAGUGGGAGAAAAAUUACUAUAUCAGUUCAAUAGCUGGCGCAGUUAAUGGAAGUUCCUUGGUUGUCAUGUCCAAAGGAACUCCUUACACGCAGCAGUCCUACAAAGUGAGUGAAUCAUUUCCUUUCAAAUGGAUAAACAAGAAGUGGAAAGAAGGAUUCCAUGUUACCUCAAUGACUACUGCUGGCAGUCGCUGGGGUGUUGUUAUGUCCAGGAAUGCUGGGUAUUCUGAUCAGGUUGUGGAGCUUGACUUUUUGUAUCCCAGUGAAGGAAUCCAUCGUCGAUGGGAGAAUGGUUACCGGAUUACUUCUAUGGCUGCUACUAGUGAUCAGGCAGCCUUCAUACUGAGCAUACCAAAACGCAAAUUACUUGAUGAAACUCAGGAGACACUGCGUACAUCUGCUUUCCCUAGCACCCAUGUUAAGGAAAAAUGGGCCAAGAAUCUCUACAUUGCCUCUAUAUGUUAUGGGCGAACUGUUUGCUAGCUUCUGUAGUGAACAUUUGCUGUAUCAUGAAAAAUGAAGCAAAAUUAUAGUGAUGAGAAUAUUUCAUGAUUAUUAAAGUUGAAUGGGUAGGUUUGCUUUUGACCCCAGAUCCCGUCAAAAAAAUCCCCCCCUCAUAAAAAUUUCGUUAUAAUUGUAUAAAGAAAUCAAAAGGUAAAGGAGGAAAGGCAGAGUGAGUUAUGCUGGUGGAAGCGAUGAUGAUCUAUUGAAGAGUAUUAACGUCACAGCGUUGGCUAUUUUGGCCAUGUUUUCAUGGUUGUGCUUUAAACAAUUUGAGAAUUUUGUAUGUAAUGGUAUAAAUUUUUACCUACAUCAAACUUAAACAAUGAAUUCUAAGAUAUAAUGAUUUCUAGAUUUGCAAGAGCAAUUA